AUGUCAAUUCAGCAAGAUUCACUUCUAGCUCCAUCCCCCUCCACAACAAGAGCCGUGGCGGUUCAUCUCUCCUAUGACGCCAAAUCUGAUAAGAUAGCAUAUGCUUCGGGGAAGUCGGUCUAUGUUAGAUCUGUUAGCAAUCCAACGGAUGCCAAGCAGUUCAUCAAACACAAUUAUAAUACCACUGUUGCAAGGUUUUCUCCUUCAGGAUUUUACGUUGCUUCGGCCGAUGAGGCUGGUAAUGUUAAAGUUUGGGAUCCCAUCGGUGAUGAGAUGGUUGUAAAGAGUGAGUUUCAAAUUCUCAAUGGAAGAAUCAAUGACAUUGCCUGGGAUGCGGACAGUCAACGUAUUAUUGUUGUUGGUGAUGGUAAAGAAAGAUAUGGACAUUGCCUGACCAUGGAUACCGGAAACACUGUUGGAGAGAUUAGUGGACAUUCUGCUCCCAUCAAUGCUGUCAGCAUUAGACCUGUAAGACCAUAUAGAGCAGUGACAGUAAGUGAUGAUGGUGGACUUGUUUUCUAUCAGGGGCCUCCUUUCAAGUUUGUCAAGUCCGUUAGAAACAACCACUCCAACUUUGUUCGUGAUGUUCGCUACAGUGAUGAUGGUAACACCAUUGUCAGUGUUGGAGCAGAUAAGAAAAUCGUUCUUUAUGAAGGUAAAACCGGAGAUUUGAUUAAAGUAGUUGAGAAUGCUCAUGAUGGUGGAAUAUUUUCUGUUUCUUGGAAGGGUGAUAAGUUUGUUACGAGUUCCGCCGAUAGCAAGGUAAAAUUAUGGGAUUCUGAAGGUUCUCUCCUAAAAACUUGGUCACUUCCCAAGAAAGUGGAAAACCAUAUCCUUGGUGUUGUAACAACCGCCGAUUACAUUCUUGCUCUUACAUUGUCUGGUGAACUUUACUACUUCGAAGAGAAUCAAGAUGACUAUGUUCAAGUAAUCCAAGGACAGCAAAAAAGCAUUACAGCUUUGAACGUAGACAAUGAUCAAAUUACAACAGGAGCAUACGAUGGAAGAAUACUACGAGAUGGUAAAAUUGUUGAAGGUCACAAUAAUUUGGUUGUUGGAAUUUUGAGUAAACCCAUUCCGGUCACAACAGCUUGGGAUGAUACACUCAGAAAGUUGGACUCCAGUGUAUCAGUAAAACUUUCAAGCCAGCCAAAGGACAUUGCCGGUAACAGCAACAUACUUGCUGUUUUGGAUCAAGAUGGAGUUACCAGUUAUGAUCCCAGCUUGAAACAGAUCGAUAAACUCUCUAUCGAAGCCACUAGUUUGGAUGUAUCUGAGAAAUACAUUAUUAUUGGUACUCCAGAGAAAGUACUAGUGUACGACACUACUUUGAAAUUGAUCAGCGACAAACUACCUGUGUUAAGAUCUCCAUCAUCUGUAGUCUCAAUUUCUCCGAACGAGAAGUACGUUGCAGUUGGUGACAACGGGGGAAGGAUUACACUUUUUGAUAUUGAUGGUGGGAGUGUCAAGACCUCCAGGUGGAGUUUCCACACUGCUAAAGUCAAUUCUAUUUCUUGGAAUGAGGACAACGACCAUGUCGUAACGGGUUCCUUGGAUACCAAUAUAAUCAUAUACUCUGUCGAGAAGCCUUCACGAAAUAUCAAGGCUUUGAAUGCUCAUAAAGAGGGAGUUAAUGGAGUGGCUUGGAGAAGCCAGGACAAGAUUGUUUCUGUAGGAUCUGACGCUACAGUAAAAGAAUGGUCUGUCACCUAUUAG